AUGUUUCCUGGUGGUCAACCACAAUUUAUUUUUGUUCCACCUGGUUCUGUAUCAGUUCCAAUACUUAAUCAGGUACCAGUUAUGAUGCAACCAGCACCAUUUCCUGUAUUUGUUCAACAACCAACACAACGACCAAUGUUACCACCACAAGGAUCAAUUCCACAACAACAACAACAACAACAGCAUAUAUCAUCAAUGCAAACAGAUUAUAUGACUGAUGAUCGUUUACAAGAAAAAGCACGUCGUUGGCAACAAUUACAAACGAAACGAUAUGCUGACAAAAGACGUUUUGGUUUUUCUGAUAUACAAAAAGAAGAUAUGCCAGCUGAACAUAUAAGAAAAAUAAUUCGUGAUCAUGGUGAUAUGACAAAUAGAAAAUUUCGUCAUGAUAAACGUGUAUAUUUGGGUUCUUUAAAAUAUAUGCCACAUGCUAUAUAUAAAUUACUUGAAAAUAUGCCUAUGCCAUGGGAACAAAUACGUAAUGUUAAAGUUAUUUAUCAUAUAACAGGUGCAAUUACAUUUGUUAAUGAAAUACCAUGGGUUAUUGAACCAGUUUUUAUUGCUCAAUGGGGUACAAUGUGGAUUAUGAUGAGACGUGAAAAACGUGAUCGAAGACAUUUUAAACGUAUGCGUUUUCCGCCAUUUGAUGAUGAAGAACCACCAUUAGAUUAUGCCGAUAAUAUUCUUGAUGUUGAACCAUUAGAAGCUAUACAAUUACAAAUGGAUCCAGAAGAAGAUAAAUCUAUUUAUGAAUGGUUCUAUGAUCAUAAACCAUUAACUGAUACAAAAAUGGUAAAUGGUACAACAUAUCGUCGUUGGCAAUUAUCUUUACCUGUUCUUUCUACACUUUAUCGUAUGGGUAAUCAAUUAUUAACUGAUCUUGUUGAUGAUAAUUACUUUUAUUUAUUUGAUCUCAAAUCAUUUUUUACUGCAAAAGCACUUAAUGUUGCUAUACCCGGUGGUCCUAAAUUUGAACCACUUGUCAAAGAUGUUAAUCCGAAUGAUGAAGAUUGGAAUGAAUUUAAUGAUAUAAAUAAAAUAAUUAUUCGUCAACCAAUACGUACUGAAUAUCGUAUUGCAUUUCCAUAUUUAUAUAAUUCUUAUCCAUUUAAAGUUUAUCUUGCAUGGUAUCAUACACCAAAUGUUGUAUUUAUUAAAACUGAAGAUCCAGAUUUACCAGCGUUCUAUUUCGAUCCAUUAAUUAAUCCAAUAGCUCAUCGUCAUACAAUAAAAUCUUUUGAUACACAAAUUGAUAUGUUAGAUGAUGAUGAUGAAGAAGAAUUUGUUUUACCUGAAGAAUUUGAACCAUUAUUAACAGAAUUACCAUUAUAUAC